AUGCUUAUAAGCAUCUCCAAUGGCUUCACGCUAGCCUCCGUCCUCCGCAAUCCGAAUGCGUUGCGCCUCACUAAUUUAGCCGUCGAUUUUAAUCGCGUCCCAAGGACCCUGAGCCCUGAUUCGAGCCGCGUGCUCUUAAUCACCGUAUCAUCUGCUGCAAUGUCGUCGUCGUCGUCACCGCCGGCGUCCGUGAAAAUCGUGGCUGAGUACGCGAAGUCAGGGCGCUCUUCGUGCAAGAAGUGUUCGAAAGCGAUUGUUUCGAAGUCUCUGAGGUUGGGUAUGGUGAGUAAAGACCCCCGAGGGUUUGACAUGACUAAAUGGCAUCAUCUGCAGUGCUUCCCAUUUAGCAGUUCUGCUUCGGUUUCAUCGGCGGAGGCCAUCACUGGAUUCUCAUCUCUCAGUAGCAACGAUCAGAAGUCUGUACAUGAAUUGUUAAAUGAGUUGGGGCAAGCUUCAGGCAAGGUUAUUAAAAUGGAUGAAAAGGUGGACGAAAAUCCAAAGCAGGGCAAGUUCAAGAAGCAAAAGUUAUUCACAUCCAAGGAAGAAGCAAAGCUUCCGCUGGAUUUAGCAGUAUGUGCUUCUGAUAUAAAGGACAAGUACAAGGAUGCGACACUAUUGCCUAAAUGGAAAGCAUUUCAAACAGUCAUAUUUCUCGAGAAGGAUGAUGGUCUUCAUGAUUCUCGAAAAAUUGCAGCCUUUGAUUUUGAUGGUUGCCUGGCAAAGACGUCUGUGAAAAGAGUAGGUGCUGAUGCCUGGUCGCUCAUGUAUCCUUCAAUACCAGAGAAGCUUCAAAAUCUCUACAAAGAUGGCUACAAGCUGGUUAUAUUUACCAAUGAAUCUAACAUCGAGCGGUGGAAGAAUAAGAGACAAGCUGCUGUAGAUUCGAAAAUUGGAAGGCUUGAAAAUUUCAUUAAGCUUGUGAAAGUGCCCAUGCAGGUUUUCAUUGCCUGUGGAUUGAGUUCUGGUGAACCAGAAGACCAGUUUCGAAAACCGAAACCUGGGAUGUGGAUGAUCAUGGAAAAGGAGUUCAAUUCCGGUCUUCCAGUUGACAUGGAUCAAUCCUUUUAUGUUGGUGAUGCGGCUGGAAGGCCAGAUGAUCACAGUGAUGCCGAUAUAAAAUUUGCACAGGCUAUUGGCUUAAAAUUUUAUGUUCCUGAGGAGUACUUUCUCGUCCUCGCCGACUACAAACGCCCCUCCGGCUGCCGCUCCCAGAAAUUUGCCAAAGUCGUGCUCGAGUGGACCGCGACCUGCAAGGGCCGCCAAUUCGAUCGGAUCUUCGGCGUCUGGCUCGGCGGCGUCGAGAUCCUCCGCAGCUGCACAGCCGAGCCUCGGGCCACCGGCAUUAUCUGGACGGUGAAGAAGGACGUCACAAGGUACCAUUCUCUGCUCAUGACCAAUCAGACGCUUGCUGUUUACUUGGGAAAUCUCAUCGAUAGUAUCUACACAGGCGUGUACCAUGUGAAUGUUGUUUUCCAUUUCUAUCCUGCUGAGAAAUUGAAUCGUGGUUAUGGUGAGGACGAAUUUGUGGAAAUUGGGGGAAUUGGGGCUGAUUUGAUAAUCCCCAUUUCCAGGACCCUUCCCCUGAACGACGGGCUCUGGUUUGAGAUCCAGAACUCGACAGAUGUGCAGUCGAAGGAAUUCGAUAUUCCCCAGAAUGCACUCCGGGCCGUGUUGGAAGUAUACGUCUCUUUCCACGAAAACGAUGAGUUCUGGUUCGGGAACUACCCGAACGAGUACAUUUCCGUGAAUAACCUCACCGGAUCCCCGGGGAACGGCCCGUUUCGUGAGGUGGUCGUGGGCCUCGAUAAUUAUGUAGUAGGGUCGAUUUGGCCCUUCACAGUGAUCUACACCGGGGGCGUAAACCCCCUCAUGUGGAGGCCCAUUACGGGAAUAGGCUCGUUCGACCUCCCCUCGUACGAUAUCGAGAUCACACCUUUUCUCGGCGAGUUGUUGGAUGGGAAAACGCACAAACUCUCGUUUAGCGUGAGAAAUGCCCUCAACGUUUGGUACCUCGGCGGGAAUUUGCAUCUUUGGCUCGACAAGAAGAGCGCGAGAACCGAAGGGGAGCUAUUGGAACACAAGGAGUCUCCGAUUUCCCUAAUGCUCUUUUCGAACUUCACGGGGUUCGAUGGGUUAUUCCUCACGAACGCGACCCGGUCGAUAAUCUCUACCGGGCGCGUGAAAUCGUCGCUUGGGUCCGUCACGACUAAAUCGGUCCAAGAGUUUGGUUAUAGCAACCGAAUGGUGAUGGGCAAUGAUGCGAAUUUGCAGAUUUUGAAUCAGAUUAUAAAAUCGAACUGCAGUGUUGUUAUGAAAAAAGCUUCGUCCAGUACCGUUCAAUAUCUCGAUUCCCAAAAGGAGUUUACGCUUUAUCUUCAUUCGGAUAUUAUCGACAAGGGCAAUAAAAGUUACGAGUCCAUGGCGAAUGUGACUUUGGGGUUCAAUGAAAGGAGGCACGAGUGUUCGGGUGUUGGAACAUUUACGAGCAAACUGGAGAAUAUGCAGAGUGCGGAGGGGAAUGUGCUCGUGAAGGGCAGUUUGGUGGUUAGUGGAUUGGGAAGCACUCGGCAAGCAUAUCGGUACACGAGCGACAACUCGUGUUAUUUUCGAAACGUGAGCAGCUCGAAUUACACUAUUAUUCACGAUGAGGAGAGCUGUGACUGCAGGAAAAAACUCGGGCUGUUGCCUUCUUUUCCUCGAGGAGCUUUCUAG